UUUGCCCAAACUUAAUUACGUACAAAAUCAGCUCUGCGACGGGUCAAUUGGCGUGACGGGCCAAGAGCUGUGAUAACGGAAGAAUUUUGAAGAAACGAUGCGAGAUGGGUUUUAUUAAGAGAGAAAAGAAAGCUCCAUCUUCUUCUUCUUCUUCUUCAACAUCGCCAUGUGCUCAUCUCAGAGCUGCUUACUACAAUUGCUUCAACAGGUGGUACUCAGAGAAGUUUGUGAAGGGUAAAUGGGAAAAGGAGGAAUGCGUUUCUGAGUGGCAGAAAUAUAGAGCAUGCCUCUCUGAACAUUUGGAUGAUAAACAUCUGAGUCGCUUCUUGGAAGCUGAAAUCAUUCCAGCUGAUUUGGCAAAUCCAGUUGAUGGUGCUGCUGCUGGUGUUCCCCAGUAACUUACAUUGUUCUAUCUCUAAGUAGUAAACUAUAGAACAAAUUAAAGAUAAUUACCUAUGCUUGCUUUGCGUAGCAGUAUGUCCAUCUAAGCUACCCCUGGUUCUGUUCUUAUCUGCAAUUUGUGAGGCAGGAAAGUGUCCUGGAGUAGCGUUGAUGGAGAUUGAAGCCUACAGUUGAUUCUUUGUAGAUGGGUAUGGUAGAAUUGUUUCAUUUAUGGUAAGUGAGAUUUUUAGUUCAAGGAAAUCCUCGAGUAAUGUUGAGAAACUUUGUUCCAUAUUAAUUUAGGGCUUGUUCUUGUAACACUUCACAUUUUUGGUUUUUGCUGCUUGAAAAACUAACUUCAAGCACUUGGACUGCAAAA